UCAAUCAUCAGAUUUGCAACGUACAGAAGCGACGGGCGAAGCUCAUCGGAUUGAUGCUAUUCCCGGCCAUUCCAACCCGUUAAACCCGACCCUCGGCAAACUCGCCGCCAAGGGCAUGACCCCAUCACCGCGUUGAAUCCGUCGACGGCCGGCAGCCACAACUCCGGGUGCGACCUAACGCCAAACGCCCCCCAGUUGGCCCUUUUCUGCCCCAAUUCGUGGAGCUUGGUUUGGUGGAGGCCUGCGGAUGCCGGUGGCGGCUAUGAUGGAGGGCUCUGCCUGCUGGAGCAACCACCGGAUGGUCUCGCCGUCGGACUAGUGCCCCAGCUCCCGGGUGAGCUGGAAGAUCCGAGCGGCGCAGAAUCAUUCCGGAAAUCCAACGGCCGAGAAACGCGCUGCGACGUGGCACGCAGAAGUUACCCCUCCAGACGGAAGUUUCUCUCUGCGCUAUAAAAUGUAUGGUCGUCGCGUUGGCCGUGAUGGCAUGGAAGUGUUUGAUUUGCGUCACCGGAACGGAAUCGCCGGUGGUGGUCGUCCUUUCUGGAAGCAUGGAACCUGGUUUUCAGAGGGGCAAGCAAGUGCAGGUGGCUUCUGUGACUGUGAGGGUGAUAUUCUAUUCUUGAAUAUGGGAAAGGAGCCUAUUCGUGCAGGUGAAAUUGUUGUAUUUAAUUUUAAUAGAAGUGAAAUUCCAAUUGUUCAUCGAGUAAUUGAGCUCCAUGAACGACAAGACACGAGAGAGAUUUCUAUUCUAACAAAAGGUGAUAAUAAUGACGAGAACGAUAGAGUCCUGUACGCUAAAGGUCAUCUUUGGCUUCAGAAGCAGCAUAUAAUGGGCAGGGCCAUAGGGUUUCUACCGUAUGUCGGUUGGAUUACCAUUGUCCUCACAGAGAUUCCAGUCCUUAAGUACUUGCUCAUUGGGGCUCUUGGUUUGUUUGCUCUAACCUCAAAGGAGUAGAGGAGAAGAAGCAAAGCAUUCGAGAUUUUAUGAUCGAAAUAAAUUGUUAUAUUUUCUUUAUGAUUUUCUAUAGAAAAUUAUAAUUAUAAAGAUUAGCAAUGAUACUGAUAAUUACAAUUGUGGUCUGUAUGUGCAAUUCUGCUAUAACUAACAGAUUUGGUGUUAAAUUUAAUGGAAGUUUCAGUUAUGUUCAAUAAA